GGGGGCGUGUCGGCUUCUCCGUGUUACACCUACCCGGCUGGGGAGGAAAAAGGGAGGGUCGACAGGAGCCGAGAAACAGCAGUGGGCGCGUCGACCGUCCCUGAUUAAUUUGGUACCGGUGAACAAUCCAUAACUUGCAAGCAGGAGCAGAUGCGGGCGGGAGGGACGCGGGGUGGGGGAGGCAUAAAACGUGAAGGCAGCGGAGGAAGGCUAGAGGGUUUAAUUGUUGUUAAGUAGAAAAUCCACGCCUGCAUCUUGGAGUCCGGCGGAGCCCGAGGAAACCCGCUGGCUCCGGAGGAAUGGCGAAGCGAGAACACGUGAACUAAGCGGAGAGCUCUUCUUGACAGCCAGUCACAGCGGCGGUUUUUCCUGUCAGAGGCGAAAUGAUUCCUCCGGGCAACGCGACUGAAGUCAGCCUUGAGAGGGUGGGGAAGGAGAACGACUGUCAGCCCCCCUCUCCUGCCUCCACCACCAGCCAGGAAUCAAAGCUCCAGAAAUUGAAGCGAUCGCUUUCUUUCAAGACCAAAAGUUUGCGGAGUAAAAGCGCAGACAACUUUUUUCAACGGACAAAUAGUGACAUGAAGUUGCAAGUAGAUUUGCUAUCGGAAAUCAGCUCUAGAACAGGGCAGCUCCCUAAUUCUGAAAGUCAACACUCUACUCCAACCAAAACCCAUCUCCAACCAGAAGACAACAAGACUCACAUUUUCCAGGAACACAUCUUCAAAAAGCCCACUUUCUGUGAUAUCUGCAACCAUAUGAUUGUUG